AUGGAAGAAUGGGGAAAACGAACAUGGAAUCUCUUUUCAAAGAUUCGAACUGAAUCACCGCUAAUUCAAUGCAUAACCAACUUUGUCUCAAUGGAUCUUAUGGCCAACACUCUCUUAUCCGCCGGAGCGUCUCCAGCCAUGGUUCAUUCCGUCGAAGAGAUUCCCGACUUCACUCCGCGCGUCAGUGCUCUGUGCGUCAACCUCGGCACACUCUCUCCCGACUCUCUUUCUGCUAUGAUAACUGCAGCUCAGAUAUGCUCCGAGUUGGGUAUUCCUUGGGUUCUUGAUCCCGUCGCUGUUUCCGCCUCGUCUUUUCGAUUCGAUGCUUGCGUUCGCCUUCUUGGAUUUAAACCCACUGUUAUUAGAGGAAAUGCUUCUGAAAUUAUUGCUCUUUCUUCCUCCUCCAAAUCCUCCUCCGCCAAGGGUGCAGACAGUACUCAUGAUUCAAUGGAUGCAGUUGAAGCAGCUAAGUUGUUGGCUCGAACAAGUGGUGCCAUUGUCGCAGUGUCAGGAGCUACUGACAUUGUCACAGAUGGUAAUCAAGUUGUUGGUGCUCACAAUGGAGUCGCAUUGAUGCAAAAAGUUACAGCAACUGGGUGUUCUGUCACUGCACUCAUUGCUGCCUUUCUUGCACUUGACAAAACCCAUGCUUUAGAUGCGGCUGUAUCAGCACUAGCUGUAUUCGGAGUUGCCGGUGAGUUAGGAAUGAAGAUGGCUAAAGGACCCGCGUCAUUGCGAAUGCACUUGAUAGAUGCGCUCUAUGGGCUUGACGAAGCUACGCUACUGUCUCAUGUUAAUAUCACAAGCUUGUCUUGA